AUGCACCCUUAUCGGCUUCCGGCUCUUCUGUCCAUCUUCCUCCUCCUCGCGUCGAUCGCUCUGACCCACGCUCUGGCCUCGCUGCCCUUGAAGCUGGAAAGGCGUGUCAACCCAGACCACAACUCUGGCACGAUUCCGGGGAAUGUAGCAGAGACGCUGCCGGAGCAUGCAGCCGGAUCGACGUCGGGAAACGUAGCAGGGGUGUUACCGGAGCAUGUGAGAGGAAUCCUACCAGAGCACGUAGCAGGAACGCCCUCGGAGAACGUAGCUCGGACAAUAUCCUAUCAAGCCAUCGAAGCUGGCUUCUUCCGUCCUCAUACGCGAUGGACGCCGCUGGUCAGUAACCCCAUGCGCGCUCUAUGGUACUACAGAGCCUUAUUCCACAAGCGAGUACCGAUCUUCUUCACCGGGCAUGAUGGGUUCAGCAAGCGGGAGCUUGAGCAAGCCUAUGCUGACUUUGGUGGCUUUCACGUCUUGGGUCGACCCGAACUGGGCGAACACACACUGACGGUUGUCAAAGGUCGCUACAAUAUCCCCUUGGUUCGUCAUGCCACUCGAAGUGUUCAUCAACACGCUCUCAACGCCUACUCUACUCGAUCCGUAUUCGGAGAUACCGCGGCAUCGGUUGCGUUCGGGUACGAACUGCCACCAACCCACUCGAUGAUGCGGUCCAGCGUGGCUUUGCCGUCGUGGGAUGCGGUCUGGGAGGGAGUGCACGCUCCUGAGAACAUGGCGGUUCGCGAGGCAAAGAGACAGCUCGAAAGAGAUCACCAUAUCAGCUUCCAGUCGGCCGAUGGCAACAAUCAGCUCGGCGUGCGCCUGCUUAAUAACGGCAAGAAAGAGAUCCAGUGGCUGAUCGACACCCGUCCCCGAACCGCACGUUCAGACAGCUGUGAUGUGCUCGGUGUCUUCUAUUCGCCCGCUAUCAAUAACGUUCUGGAUCCCACGCCCACAAGCUGUCAUGCUUGGAAGAUGAGGUUGGUGGGUCCGCCUGUACAUGAUGAAGCCCAUUCGACCAAGUCAAUGGCGGCUCUCGAGCCUCUCGAGGCGGUGAAAGUACCGGUCAAGCGUCUCUCCAAGUCGACAUUCCACUUGCGGCCAUUACACUUGCUUUUGUCGUAUGAGGAGACACACGUCAUUGCCCUCACGGGCUUCUUCAUAUGCGUGCAGUCGCUGCCCGGCCCGAAUGCACCGAUGCUGAGCAAGCGCAUGUAUGCAACGGGCAACCGAGCCACCUCUUCCGGAGAGCUGGGCUUCAACGAUGUGUACAACGGAGGCUUCCAGCCUGCGCCGGGAACACGAGGCAUCACGCGGGACAUUCCGCGCUUCUACAACGGCAUGUACUUCUACCACCGCGCACCGGUCUUCACCUUCUAUCGGGGUCAGAGAAUCUCCAAGCUCGACCUCGACGUCGCCUUGGCCACAUUCAACCGCUUCCACGUCUAUGAUCUCGUCGAGGGUCGGUACACCACCAUCGAGCGCGAUGGAAGCGAUGCCACCCGAGCCAUUCGGUCCGCCUGGCACGGAGACAUCGAAGCCUAUAUGCGGCGAGCUUUCUCCACCAGUGGACGGUUCGGACGACACAUAUCCCUCGUCGUCCAUGGUCAUCCAAUGAGAACAGGAAGGUACAAGAAGAUCGCGGGUUUUAGGUGGCCAGAAUCGCCUCCAACCUGGAAUACGGUCUUUCGAACCGUGCCCUUUAGGCAAGAUCCUCGACUGGCCCCCGACGAGGCAGAAGAGUUCCGCUUGAACCUGAGGAGGAAGCUCGAUACGCAGAGAUCUGCGCAUUUCCGCAGUCUGGAUAACUCCAGAGCCAUCGGGAUCAGGGCCCUUCAUAACGGCAACAUAGAGUACGAGGUGAGGGACAUGAUCGGAAGGGUGUCGAGGUUCCACCCUUAG